AUGAAUGUUAUUAAAACUAUCAGUCAUGCUCCAACACCUCCUUCCGGAACCACUGAUAGAAGAGAUCCUGUUCUUGCUGAAUUUGAAGAAUUCUUCAGAAGUGAAAUUCCAGAAGUUAAGACUCAGUAUCUUAACUCUCUCAAUACUGGUGAUCCUAAAGAAGCUCCCAAGAAAGUCCAAAGAAAAAGGCCAUCCACUUCUAGCACUGUUGUGUCAGAAGAAGCCUCUGAUCAUACUCAAACUGUUGCUGUCAACAAAGAAAAGAGAACAAAAAGAAAGUUUGAUCCUUCUUCUGAUAAUCAGGAAAAGGUAAAAGCUGCUACUGUUGCUACUGUUAAUGUUGCGGAACAAGAAGCUGUUGUUGAAGCAGAUCCUGUCCCUGUGCAAGCAGCAGAAGAAGAAGAAGUGGAGGAAGAAGAAGAAGCUCAGAAUCAGCCAGAAGUCUCUAGUCAAAGACCAACAACUCAAACUGUUGAAGGUCAGAAGACUGCUGAGUGUGAGAAGGAGAAUCCGGAGUCUGCAAGGAGAAGAGAAAUCUCUCUUGGGAAGUCAGUGGUUGUGGAAAUGCCAAAGAGAAAGAAGCAGAGGAAACUGGAGGCUGUGACUGUAGCUCUUCAGAAGGUGUCCAAAGUGUACGGAGAUGAUGUUGAGAUGGAAGAUGCUGAUGCUGAAGCUGAAGAUCAUUCUGUUGAAGAAAUUCCUGUUGAGGAAAAUCCUUCUCAUGAUCUCUCUCAGAAGACUGCCAUGGAAGCAAUGGUGAUCAAUGCUGAUCCUCUGAACAGAAGUUGUGAAGCUUCUUCUGGUGAACCCUCUGUUCUGGCAAGGACUCUAGAGGUCAUUCAGAAGACCCAGGUUGAGAUGGCUUCUCGGAUGCAUAUGCAAGAUGAAACCAAUGCUGAGUUUCGCACCUUCAUCCAAAGUCAGAAUGAGAGUAAUGCUGGGAUUCAAGCUAUGCUGGCCAAGAUUAUGAUUAAAGACAUCUUUCAAAGCUCAACACUAGAAGCAAAACCAUGGGGAAACGCAAUUCUGUAA